CACUCGCUCCACUCGUCUCCGUCCGGACAGAGCUGCCGCUUCGCGCCGCCGCGGCACAAACAGUUUCGUUUCCGAGUGAAGGGAAAAUGGCCAGGGGGUUGUUGUUCGGGGCUGUGGCCCUGAUGGCCGUGCUGUGCGUCACCGAGGCACUCAAGCUGCCUCCCUACAUCAAGGCGUGUCGCCGGAACGACCCCCAGCUCGACGAGUGCGGCCUGAAGAACGGCAGGGAGGCGGUAUCGAGGUUCGUCAAUGGUGACCGGAAGUACAAGAUACCCAACCUGAGUCCGCUGACGCUGUACAACUUCGCGGUGAACAGCGGUAGCCGCACGGUCGGCAUCAACCUCAACUUCAAGGAGGCCCAGAUCCACGGCCUGGGCGGUGUCGACAUCAAAGCCACCAGAUUCGACCUCAAGAAGAAGCGCAUCGAGUUCGACUUGGUGUGGGACGUGUUCUACGUCCUUGGCGACUACGAGAUCAACGGCAGGGUCCUGGUGCUGCCCAUCCAGGGCCGCGGCCCGGCCAACAUCACCGUCACGGACCUCGUCGUCACCUUCGGCUUCGACUACGAGCUGGUGCCCAAGAAGAAGACGGGCAAGGACCACAUCAGCCUGACGACCAGCAAUGUCAAGUUCGAAAUCGGGCACGCCUACUUCGACCUGAAGAACCUCUUCAACGGAGACAGGCUUCUGGGCGACAACAUGAACGUGUUCCUCAACGAGAACUGGAAGGAGGUGGCCAACGAGCUCGGUCCCUCGCUGGCCGACGCCAUCGGCGAGGUGAUCCGCCAGAUCAUCCAGCAGAUUGUGGACGUGGUGCCGUACGACAACAUCUUCCCCGUCGACUAGGGCAGGCUCGGCAGGCCCCAGCAAGGCUCUAGCCGCAGGGACUGGCAGGGCGCGCCUGCGCGACUGACUGCAGCUCAGUCGGAUUGACAGUCGUGUGCCGAUGGGCGCCAGUACGGGUUUUUCUUUGUGCACUCUUCAAACCCCACGAACGAAUUUGGCCUUACGAAGGAAAGUAGUUUGCCAUGUCGUAGUAUUAUGAUCAUACGUGAGCUUGCACAGAAAACACUUCGUCGUUUACGAACUAUUUCUUCGGGGAGCAGACUAAAUAGUUUGUACCUUGCAUAUGCUCAUGAUACCUCAUGAGGUUUUAAGCGUGUGCGUGUGUGUAUAUAGGUGUGUAUGUGAAUCAGUAUGUGUCGAUAUGCCUGUGUGUGUGUUUUGGGUGUGUGCGUGUGUUUGACUGCAGUGUUACUACUGGUGUACUCGGACGAGAACCGAAAAAAAUCUCAUUCACCAUCGAAACGAGGAGGGAAACCAAAGUGAUACUCUGUUGUACUUGAGCCUUUUUUGGCUCCCAAAAAUUUGUAAACUAACGCGUUUUAUGACAUAGUAGGGUAGAUUGUCGAUCACCGCUAACUAGUGUUCAUGUCCUUGUUGGAGAUGAGCUAGCAUUUGUCUGUGAUCUUACUUUUGUAACUAGAGAAAUACCUCUGGCAUGUGUUUUUCUUCUAAUGAACACAUAACUGUAGGUGAAAUUAGGCUAAGAUUUUUGUUUAGAAUCAUCGUUAUUGUGUGUUGAGCGUACACUGUCAUCAUUAGAGACACUAAUUUAUCGCGACUCAUUCGUUACUGUCUUCUUUUUUUCUUGAAUAAAACUCAUUUCGAAUA